ACCCCGAUACAUUGACCUUGACUACCACUGACUCUCACUGGACACUCUCGAAACAAGGGGUGGUAACAUAAUGUCAAAGGCCUGGGCACCUUACGGCAGCCUCACCCAGGCACCUACCAACCUGAAGGAGGCCAUUGACUGGGUCCUCAGGGUAACUGGUAAGGAUGGUAAACAAAAUGUGGCAAAGAAGCCGGCAAGCACUAGUAAUGGCCCCCAUUGCUUGUGCUACUUGGCCAAGGCAGUGAAGGACCUACUGUAUGAUGCCAGGUCCCCGGGGACCCCUGGUCCACACCCUGAGAGGUACUGGGAUGGCAUACUCCUAACGGAGGAACAGUCCAUAGUAAAGCCAGUGCUCCAGGACCUCGGACUCCUUGGUGAUGGCAGCACUGGUGCUGCCAGUAGUACCUCUACCUGUGCUGGUGGCACCGAGGUCAUAAAGGCACUGAUAGACCACUUGGCACUGGGACUACAGAUGUGGGUUGGGUGGCAAGAAGGGGAUCAAGAUAAGUGUUGUCUUAAGGGGGAAGGUGGAAAGAGUACGGGGAUAGGCAGGAAGUGUGAUUGUAAUGGUAGUGGUGUUAACUGUUGUAGUCCCGGUGGAAAGAAAUGUCAUGACUGUACUGAGUGUGGUCCCAAGGCCACUGAGGCUACCAAAAAAUGCUACCUCUCGGCCUAUUGCAAACCCACUGCUCAACCCAGUGGUGCCGGUUCCACCACCAAAGACUACAUUUGGACCUCCAUCUCCACUGACUCCACUAAGGUCCACCUCCUGGCCCGUAUUUUCCUAGGGUCGGUAUGUCUCAUCUGGAGUGGACUCAGUCAGUUGGGGUUCCUAACAGGAAAUGGAAGUAGCACCGAGAGGUGGAAGGAUAGUAAGCUACAUGAGGUGGACAAGGGUCUCGGGUCAUUCAUGGCGGCCAUGGGCUACGACCUGGAGAGGUUGAAUGGGAGUGGUGGUAGUGGGAAGAAGGGAGCAGAUGUAUGGAAAUUACUAUCGGGAACGGAGCCUAGUGGUGCCAAAGGUAUCCAAUGGAAAGAAUUCGCAUCCGUGAAAGGUGCUUCUCAGGGUAGUGUAGCUGAGUACUACAGCAGUAUCUAUAGUGGAGCAAAAACUGCCCUUACAGGGAAGAAUACUGAAGAAAUUUGUACAAAGUAUCCCCUAUUGGUACUACACAUCCUGGCCAGUGGGUACUUCAGGGCAGGUAGUGCCGGGGCCAAGGGUAUCACGUCGCCGCCAAAGGCGGCCACUAGUACUGACGGUGCUAGUGAUGCCAAAAAGGACACUACCUCUCCCAGGAAACCACGCACUAUCCGGGAAAUCCUAUACUGGCUUAGUGCAUUGCCCUAUAGUAAGGGAUACAAGGCACUGGUAGAGAGGAUGGGACAGAAAUUCCCGGAGGGUGGGAAAUACUCACUGGAAGGAACUAAAUCUGGCGGCAAGACAGAUCUCCACAAGGACAACAUUACCCACUACCUACUGGCCGCCUGUGGCUACUGCCCACUGGUACUCAUCGGUAUCCAGGGGACCAUAGAAAGGGAAGUGAAGCAGACAACACAAGGUAGUGCUCCAGCUGCUGCGGAGAAGAAUAAGUGUCCACAUCAUAAGAAAAACCGUCAUAAGAGAUGCGACCCUAAAGAUAUAAAGGAACAAGAAGCAGCUGCACAGGCACAGUCUCCCCAGCAACCGGGAGCUUCCACCGGAAAACCCCUCGGAAAAGGUGAAGUCUGCUAUGGCGGGUACCACCUGGAAGUGUCCAAGUUUGGCCCCCUCCAUGGGAUGUAUGCCAAUGGGCUCUUUGGCUUCCAUAUGGACCUUUCGGCCGCCCAGUGCCUGGACCAACUGAGGAUAUAUGUCUACCACUGCUUCUACCAGCUCUAUUUCCUGAGGAAGCAGUGUAAGGUGGGAGUGGGAGGAGGAGUAGGAGUGGGAGGGAACACUGUGCUGGGCUGGCAGAGUUGUAGGUAUGGGAAGGAAGUCAAGUGGAGUGCCAGCACUUGGUUGUGUUCUGCUAGCAGUACAGGUAGUGCUGCUGGAAAGUGUAAGUGCAUGGAUAGCACCAGCACUGACUCGCCAUUGAUGUCAUUCCUAUGCGAUGGACCAGGAAAGAUGGUGUGCAAUCAAACCAUCGGCAGAGGUGUCGAUGAUUAUCCACCUAUUGAGACUCAUUGGACCACUAAAGAUGAUAAUCCUAAAGGUCACUUUGGCACGCCAGACCUCAAUUACCCCAAGUUGUGCCCUGUUCCAAUGGGUUGGAGCGCAGAAAGUGGUAGUGGCAGUACUCAACAAAGAGAGAACCACUUCAAAGAUUUAACCCAGGGUACCCAUAAGACAGAGCAACUUACAGGAGCUCAAGCAGGUAGUGGUGCCGCUGGCACUUACCCUGCCCACUGCACUGGGAAUACACUGUCACUACUCCUGGAGUACCACUGUGACCCAGAGAAGUGCCAUGGCACCCUAGUGGUACUACUGAGACUACUGGCCUGUAUUACUCCCACGGUGCCACGGACCCUGGGUGACCUCUUUGGGUUCUAUUACUAUAUAGUCUAUAUUGGGGGAAAGAGUGGUGGUGCUGGAGAGCAGGAAGUUAACAAGGCCCUAGGGAUAUACGAGCAGGAAUCUAAAUUGCACAUGAUGUCUAUUGGUGGUGAUGCAGUGGUCGAGGCACUUAAGAAAUACGGUGGAGAUUGCAGUAACAAGAACGAUACCUUGAAGUGCCUAUAUACAUGCCCUAACAGUGCCCCUACUGGUCAAUGCUCUCAAUACCUCUCUCCUCUGAGUGGCCAGCAGUAUGGCCAGUUGAGUCCAGCGAUGGCCGGGACCUACCUGUCAUGGUUGGUAUAUUUGAUAGGGGAGUUCCAGGAAGGGUUGGAUAAGUUGAAGGAGGAUUAUAUGAAGGUGGAUUGUAAGAGUGAUGGGUGUACGGGUCCGGGAGGAGCUGCUGGUGGAUGUGGCGGUGGACAGUGCCAAGCCGGAACCCAUGGAAAUAGAGACACAUGCUGCUGUACCUCUGUCGUAUCAUGUACCGGGGUACUACCGGUGUUGUACAAGUAUGGCUUUGGGUAUGGUGAUGUAGAGAAGUUGCACAAAGGUCCAGGUACACAAAAAAAGUGUCACGAUUUCUUGGAGACCUUGAAGAAUGUAGAAGGCAGCAGCGAGUUCAAGAAACUCAUUAACGAAAUAAACCAGCUCAUCUACACCACCAGGCUCCCCUGGAUCUUUGUCCUGACCAUAGCAUGGCUAGUAGCGGUGCUCUACCUAGCAUUUGGUGCCAUAUGGCCACUGGACUGGACACAUAUGAGGUCACAUUGUAGGGGAUGGUUCAGGAAGGGUAGUCUGAGUCCAUGGGAGGUACUGAUGGUGGGUAAGAAGAAGGGGAGGGGUAUAUUGGAGUUCUUUGGUAAGACAUAGUGGCAAAGUGGUGGCGCCUUCGGCGCAACAGUGUCUCUAGGGACAGUAGCUGUGUUCGGGGGUCCAUUAGUGGCUGCAUUAGUUAAGAGUAAUGAUGCCUGGAAAAUACCACUAGCGGUAUUGCUAGGAAUAGGUGGAGGGGCAUUACUAGUAGCAGUAAUGGUGAAAGC